CUCCAGGAGAUUUUAUAAGCUCUCAAGUGGGGUAUUUGAUCCCCCUGUGCUUCUCCUGGUUUUUGGUGGUGUUGCUAAUGGACAAGAAGAAUAAAAUGACCUGAUUAUCUCAGGAGCAUGGAAAAGUUGGAAUCCAGGCUCAGAAGUGCCUCCUGUUUUCGUUGUGAGAAGGGAAAUGAUUUGAUUCCCGUGUGCCAGAAGUGCGAAACGUGUGUCUUAGCGUGGAAGAUCUUUUCUACUAAAGAGUGGUUCCAGAGGAUCAAUGGUAUAUGGCAGAGGAGGUUUCUGGUUAGCAUUCUAGAGCAGUUGGAUAGCUUGUACUUGUUACACUAUUUCCAAAAUAUGCUGCAGACCACCCAGGGAAAGGAUUUCAUCUAUAACAGGUCUCGGGUUAAUCUCUGCAGGAAUGAGGGGAAAGUUGCAAAAUCCUUCUCAAACCAGAUGUCGGAUAAAAUGGUGGAACAUGAGAUGAAGGAGGUCUUGUACUGGUUUGGGGCCAGCACCCACCGGAUCAAGGCAAAUUACAUCCUCCUGCUGCUGCAAAUGUGUGACCCCAAAUUACAGCUCACUGCUGCUGCUGUGAUCAGAGCUCUGUUUCAGAGAGGGUGCAGCCAUAUCACAGAGCUCUGUGAAGACUCCAGUGAUGUGUUUUUCUUCCCCGAGAAAGACUACAGCUCCAAGCGGGAAACCUCACAAAUCCGUUGGGUUGUUAAAACCAGGCCCGCCGGCUUCCCUUUGUCUAGAUCCGUAGGAAAUACAAAAGCACUUGAAAAAGUGGAGAGAGAAGCUACUAAUAUUGACGAACAGUGGAAGAGUUCGCACCAAUGUAUUUCUAAGAUGAAUGAACCACUUUCCAGAAAAGCAGGCACGCUCAGCCCAGGGGACGAUCCCUGCAAUCUGUUGAUGGACCUGGAGGAUGUCAGAGAUCUGUCUUCUGGGGUCAGCAAAUACCGAGACUUCAUCCGUCUCCUGCCUGUCCACCUCUCCAAGUACAUUCUAAGAAUGCUGGACAGAAACACCCUGAACAAAUGUGCUUCUGUGAGUCACCACUGGGCCGCUCUAGCUCAGCAGGUCAAGAUGGACUUACCCAUGAACACCUACAUUCAGAACCAGAUUAUUCUCUUGCAGGGAUCCUACACAAGAGGAAUAGAACCUAAUUAUGCCAACAAGCUUCCUGUCCCAGUUCCUAAAAUGACGGAUGAUGGGAAACGCUCGCGUGUGAAAAAUCACAAGUGGAAACUGAGAGCAAAGAAUGACUACCACCUGUGGACUGCAUACCAGAACCAGGAAACUCAGCAGGUCUUGAUGGAAGAGAGAAAUGUGUUCUGUGGAACCUACAAUGUUCGCAUUCUCUCCGACAUCUGGGACCAAAACAGAAUCAUCCACUUUUCUGGGGGAGAUCUGGUGGCCGUGUCAUCUAAUCGGAAGAUCCAGCUUCUGGACAUUGCCCAGGUCAAGCAGCUCCCCACCGUGUUUCAAGGCCAUGUUGGGAGCAUCCGGGCCCUCUUCUUGUGUGAAGAGGAAAACUUUCUCCUGAGUGGGAGUUACGACCUGAGCAUCAGAUACUGGGAUCUGACAAGUGGGACUUGUGUGCGAAUCUUCUAUGGCCACCAGGGAACAGUCACGUGCAUGGAUUUAUUUAAGAACAUGCUUGUAUCUGGAGGAAGAGAUGCCCAGGUGAAAGAAUGGGAUAUAGACACAGGGAAGUGCCUGAAGACCUUUAAACACAAAGACCCCAUCUUGGCCACCAAGAUCAAUGACACCUACAUCGUGAGCAGCUGUGAGCGAGGGACAGUCAGAGUGUGGCACAUUGCUACUGCCCAGCUAGUGAAAAAUCUCAGUGGACAUGAAGGAGCUGUGAAAUGCCUAUUCUUUGACCAGUGGCAUCUUCUCUCAGGAGGUGCUGAUGGCCUGGUCAUGGCCUGGAGCAUGGUGGGGAAGUAUGAGCGAUGCCUGAUGGCCUUCAAGCAUCCAAAGGAGGUGCUUCACGUCGCGCUUCUGUACCUCCGAGUCAUCAGCGCCUGUGCAGAUGGCAAGAUCCGCAUUUACAAUUUUCUCAAUGGAAACUGUCUGAAGAUGAUAAAAUCUAAUGCCAGAGGUGAUGCUGUGCUAUCCUUCUAUUAUCAGGACAACAGGAUGGUGGUCAACACAGAGAGCAAUAUUCUGCUGUUCCAGUUUGAGAAUGUAAAGUGGCAGUACUCACACGACAGAAGCAAGCAAAAGAAGAGUAAGGAGAAAGAGGAGGAAAAAGAAGAAAACGGUCUCCUGGACCUUCUUUUCAAGUCUAGCACUCAAGUUCACAGACUAAAAGAAUCUAUAUCCAGUAGUAAACAAAUUGUCAUCCAGGAGGUCCUACUAGACAAACCUCAGAAGUCUCAACUUCUGCUGAAUCCAAGCAAGUUAUCUGCAGAUGAUGAGGAGGAAAUGCAACUACAAAAAAAAGUGAAAUCUCCUGCAAAACUGAUCAGGUAUUCAAAGAAAAAUUCCUGGGAAAAGCCUAUGUCACCGGACCAUUUUCUUUUGACUCUCAGUGCCUUGCAACAAGCCAACAAUUCUGGAAAAUUUACCUAUCCCCAUAAACCCCAAAUCCAAGUCGUGGAUGCUGUGGUACCUUCAAUUUCUUUCCCAAGGAAGGUCCUGAAUUUCAAGGGAAAGUCCAUCCAACAUGCAGUUGAUAGGUUGAAAUUCAAUAAUGCUCCCAUAGAUGUGAAACAAACUGAAAUUCCCCUUGAAGUCCAGAAACUGAAGCCUAAUUUGAGGAAGUCUUUGCAUAGUCCCAGUAUCCAGUCUACCAUACCCCAACCCAUGCUCAUCCGCCCCAGAUUGUCUGACAGCUUAAAAGGUGGACACCCCUUGACCAGUUCAAUUGAAAAAGCAGCCCACAGCCGAGGCCCCCCGACCAGCAUGAAGGUCAUUCAACCCAGCCACAUGGCAGCUCCACAAGAGAACAUGGCUGUGCAGAUUCUCAGGAAGGAACGGCCUCACUUCUACACGACUCUGGAUCCCCUCCGAAUGAAUACAGAAUUCAUGCUGUUAACCGUGAAGAAAGAGAAGGAGUAUGAGGAAGCCAAGAUGAGACAGUAUCAGGGCGAGGAGCCCACUAGAGUGGUCAGUCCAGGGAGAGCAAGCAAGACUGCAUGGAUCCGGAAGAUCAAAGGGCUGCCUAUCGAUAAUUUCUUAAAGCCAGGGAAAAUAGCAGCCCCUGAACUCGGACAAAAUAUGUUUAUCUAAAUGAGCUUUGGGAAAUAGCAGGUUUAUGCUUACUCUCCCUUCCUCCCUCCCUUUUUUUGACGAUUCCCUGGCAAUUAAUGUGGAAAUUCCUAUCUUCCUGCCAGCCAAAGAACUGAUACUCUCAAAGUAAGAAGGAGAAAGAUGGGAGAUACUGGCUUCUGCAUUUUCAUUAGAAAUGAUUCAGUGAGACUUUAGGAACUUCAAUUUCGUUGAUAGGUGGUAGAGAAGGUCUAUAAAAUUAGAUACCACUCAUCACUA